UGUGCAUGGCACUGCAGUUGCAUUAAGUUACCCGUUCUAGUCUCACCGGACACCGCCGCUGCUCGCGAGACGACGCGGACACGCCGCUCUCUUCCAUAACCAUAAUAUAUCAUUGCUAUCAUUAUUAAUAUAAACGGAAAAAAAAAAUUUCCAUCACUAUUUUUCAUUUUUUUUUCUCGAUCGAUCGGUUCAAAUCUCGCGCAUGCCGCGUCAUCGUACUCUAGAUGAACAUAGGUAUACAAUAUCGUGUAUAUAAUAAUUAUACAAUGCGCGUAAUAUAUAUAUAUAUAUAAUAUAAUAUAUGCAAGUAUAUCGUAUACGCGUAGUAGCAGUGUACAACGUGCACGUGCGUACGUAGGUAUUGUACAUGCAAUUUUUGAACUUGAACCUUCACCGACCGCAACUGUUACUAUCGCACCUUCGUCUAUCGGGGGCGACGCGCGCGUACCGAUAAUACUGCACUGUCACUGCAGGCACAUCAUAAUAUAUUUUUAUAAUUAUUGUUGUUGUAUUUUCAUUGCGAUACGUCGUCCGAGUGAUUGUUAUUACUAUCAGCUGUACUAUUGCCGUUGAGCUUGGUCGCCGUGUACGUGGCGGUCCCGAAAAGGAGCGAGCGAGGACGCCGUGCUGUUCGCGUACAGCCGGCGCCGGACGUACUGAGCGUCGUUCGAGGCGCGCGCGGUACGCCGGGCCGCUAGUGGGGACCCGUCGCACGGGAAAUCACGUGGCUCGCUGCCGGCGGAACACGUUUGUGCACAAAUAUCGCGGCGGCGGUGUUCCGUGCGUGAGUGCGUUCCGUGCGUACGCGCAACCGUAUUUUCGCCAUCGGACCGGGCGACAUCCGAACGGCGGCGGCGGCAGCAUAAUAUACGAUUAUGGUGGUGACGGCGCUGCAGUUGUGUCGCACAUGAACGCAACGACUGCAUCCGGCCGGAAGCGCACUCGUGCCGCGAGCGACCGCGCCGACACUGACGGAAACACCGAGACCGACAGAAGCGACAUAGGACCUCGUCCACGUGUAUCAGCCCCGUACCCGGAAAUGCCGUCCAGCAGACAUCACCACCAUCAUCAGCAUCAGCAGCAGCACGUGCAGGUGGUGACUUCCACGGCGGCGGCAGCGGUGCAGCUAUCCGUCAAGGAGAAGCAGCGGUUGUGCACCAACUGCAAGAACCACGGGCUGCGCAAGGUGUGGAAGAAGCACAAGCGGUACUGCAAGUACCGGGACUGCCCGUGCCUCAAGUGCAUGAAGACGGCGGCGACGCGCAAGAACUGCGCCGAGCAGACCGCCAAGCGACGGGCCCGACAGGAGGACGAGCAGCGCGAACAGGAGCUCCAGCUGAACCCGGACAACUUCAAUGACGAGCGGCCCAUACCGUACCAGUCGGGCGCCACCACGCCCCAGUCCUGCAUCAGACAGAACAUGAGCGAGUCCUCGCAGGUCGGUCGGUCGUCCACCCCGAAGGGGACAAUGUCACCGCGGACGUCCGAUUUCGACGACCACGACAGCUCGUCCAUAGACAUCGGUGACGGCUGUGACGGCGUUGUCGGUGACGGUGAUGGCGGUGGUAACGGCGGCGGUAACGGUAUGGACGUGGUGAGGGACGACGGCGUCGACGAUCGCAGACAUCUGGCCGGCGGCGUAGGCAAAAAAGACAUCGACGCAGAUUCCAGACCCGAGAUAAUGAGUAAUCAAAUCGAGCACGUCAAGACCAUAUUAAAUGAGUUAGUCGGCCGCACCAAAGAUUUUCAAAACUUAAAUGCAUUCCGUCUGUUCAUAUUGCAACACAACACGUACGACGUGGACAAAGCGACCAUGUUAAUUAAACGAGCGCACGAAGAGUUGAAUUACUUGGACAUGAUGACGGAGAAGAGCGAAGCGAACGCCGCCGCGACGCCGUCUGUCGUCUUGACCGCCCAUCAGCAACAGGUGCUUCAUGGCCGGCAAUCCGUCAACCGGCCACCGGCGUCAGCGCUCAUCGGGCACCACCACCAUCACCAGCCGUCGCAACCGACACCGCCGCAGCAGCCACCGCCGCCGUCGCACCACCAGCCUGCGCAGCCGCCGCACAACCAGCAGCCGCCACUGCACCACAAUCGGUCCAGUAGCAGCCUGUCCGGGACCGAUUACCGCGAACCAGCAACCACAACCGCGGUAAUCGCGUUGGAGCCUGGCGGCAGCGCUGUUGGAAGGCGGCCAGCUGUCAACGGAAGCGUUUCCAACGUGUUAGGCGCUAGGCCAGUCCAUCCGGCACCCGGGGCCGUCUUGUACCCGCGACCUAUGUACCCGUUCGCGUUGCCGCUGCCCACCCCGCCUGCGCUGUGGCACCACGCGCAGCCCCAUUUCCCCACGGCCAGCUUUCAACCGUUCAUGGAGAACGAGUGGACCAGACACUGUCGGUUGCCGAUGUUCAACCCGGAACUGCAACCGGAACUGCAACCGGAACAACCGGUGAACUUGCAAAACAACCACCACCACCGUCGGUCGGAACCGGGCCGGCCGCUGGAGAUCCCGGGGAGACUGCAGCAGGAGCGCUCGACGCACAGCCGACCGGCGCCCGCCAACCCGCUUGCACACGACGACCGGCAACAGACCAGACACCACGCCUAGCCGAGACGAGCGUAGUUAUAGUGCUAAAAAUUAUAACAAUAUUGUUAGGUUCCACUCUGCGACGACAUCAUCGCAACGGGCUCGUUUAUAUAGAUAUUACAUUACGAAUCGUUUACGUCAACAACAAUAAAUUAUAAUCAUCAUCGGACUACGACGAACGCGGCGGUAAUGAUUAAAACGCGAUAGGUAGGUAUCUAUUUAAUUUGUGUUUGUGGACUUGUGUAAGGAGGCAGACGCAUAACGGGUGUUACUCAAUCGUCCGAUUUUUAAAUAUCUUUGUAAAAAAGAAAAAAAAACUAUGUUGAUAGUAAUAUUGUUACAAUACAAUAAUAUUAUUAACCCAUCAUUAUCGUCGUAGUUGGUCGCGGUCAGAGACUUAAAUAUUAUUGCACCUUUAAAUUAUCGAACAACCCUACCCGACAUUGAUAUCGUUGUAUUAUACACACUGCUGCUGCCGGCGCGUCGUAUAGAGUUAGAGUUAAUAAUAGUAUAACAAUAAUGCUAAUAAUAACAAUAAUAAUUGUAUAAUAUAAGAGUGCAAAAAACUUAUCCCAACCCUGUAGGAUUAAACGCGUCGAGUCGAGCGGACGCGUGUUGUAUUGUACUUAAUAUUGUAUAGAAAAAAAAUAAAAAACAAUGUUUAUAUGAAAAAAAAUCGAACAAAUAACGCGCGAUAACACAAACAGUGGUUUCGGAGUUCACGUUCUGGUCGUUACCGACCCAUAUAAAAUGUACGAUGCCUAUUAUGUAUUAUAUUCUAUUUUUUUUUUUUAUCGUGUUGCGUAUUUGCUGACGUGACUGUAUUAUAUUAUCGUAUUACCCCACCGAAAAUGCGCUUCUUAUCAGAUAAUUAUUCUAAAUCAGAAUUAAAAAAUUGUGUGGGUAAAUACCGCUGGGUCAGCUCCGACUUUUAAGUACCUACCAGAUAUAGGUUCACUUGUGUACAAUAAUACCUAAAUGUACACUUGGUAUAAUAAUUCACAAAUGAAACUUUCCCGUUUUCGGUAUAGGUACUUUGACUGUGCGUGUGACUUACUAUAAUAAUAAUAUAACACUUUAUAAGGUGUGAUAAGGUACCUAUACUUACCUACGUCUGAUGUAAAAAUAUUAUAAUAUUGUCGUCACCUUUAGAUUGAAAUUAAAUACGAUCGUCUGUGUAUUAUUAAUAAUUAUUAUAUUUAAACGGUCAACACGACCGGUGAAACUCGAGGGGGAGUGUAAAAUCAAUGUGAAUUUAGCUUGUCAUGUGUCAUGUUUAUUAUUAUAUAUUAUUAUUAUUUCGUUAUACCUAGUUAUUAUUUUAAGUUUAAAAACGAAUAUUUUGCAAUGUUAUUAUAUUUUUAUUAUUAUUAUUAUUAUUAUUAUUACUAUUUUUUUUUUUAUCGAAUAAUUGUAUGGAAAAAACUACUUACGCUUUUUUACGCGUUAAAAUUUAUUUUUAUUUUUUUUCGUUAUUAGUUUUUAAUUAUAUAUUAGGUAAUACUUAUUCAUAACAUUUUUAACAUUUACUAAAAAUUGACAAAGUUUUUAAAUAAUAUUAUAAUCGUAUAUCUUUGUCUCGGUAUAAUUAUUACUGUUACCACUACUAUUAAUCUAUUUCUAAGGAUACCCUGGGUAAAACUUUUGUUGUACAACUAGUGUUGAAUAGAUAAACCAUAUAAAUUGAACAAAUAAAACAAAACAAAAUUAUGUCCCAUUUAAGAAUUUUCCUAAACCUAAUAAUUAAUGUAGUCGACACAGGCACAUACGCGCAGUAAAAAAUUUUCGAAGUAUUUAUAUAGUUAUACAUCGUAAUCAAUAUAAAUUAAAUGAUAAUAUACA